CUAAUUCUCAUUCGAUGCCCUGGAAAGUCGCCGAAUUAAAACAAAAUUAAAAAUCAACAUGAAUAAUGGAAAUACUAAACGUUUGCCAAAGAAACUAAGCGUUUCUAAAAAGCCAGCGGUCACUGUGAAUUCGCCUUUGGCAAAGUAUGACUCCUCAGGAACCUUGACCUGUAUAAUUUGCAGGAUUCCCAUCAAGCCUACUGUUUGGAAGGUCCACAUCAACUCGAAGCAACACAAAACAAAUGUUGAUCAAGCCAAGCAGAAUAAGCAAAUAGAAAAACCAGUAGUUACAACUAUUUCUACCAAGGAAUCACCUGCCAAAUCUUCUCCUGUCACCAAAUCCACCACUCACCAAGAUAAAACUCCACAAACGAGCCUAGAGCAGGACUCUCCUAUUAUUCAAGAGAAAACCUCUCAAACAAACACGAGCAAUAAGCCAGCUACAACUGAAUUAGUUUCCGAAAAACUGCCAGAAAAGUUUUUCGACGAGGAUAAAACCAGUAAAUCAGAAGCUGCCCGUCUUCAGGACGAAGAAUGGCAACGAUUUCAGCAGGAGAUUAAGAAAGCUGCCACAGAAUCCAGCGUCAUCGUAGCCGACGAGCAGGAGGACAUCAAUCUCAAGAGGCACAUCAAGGAAAUAGACGAACAGAUCGAUAAUUGGAAGCGGUUCAUCAAAAUAAAUGAUCAGAAAACUUUGCUCUUGAAUAAAAAGCGGAGAGUUAAUCCCAGAGUAGAAAUAGACCCCCAAUUAAGUUCCAGUGAAGAAGACUGCAGUGUUGAUGAUUUGUACGACUGGCGAACGAAAAACUUGCACAGAUAAAAGUUGCACUUAUUAAAAUGUUAUUUCUAAACCGCACCAAAAUUCGCUUUUUAUAAUCUGUUAAAGAUCAAUCGAAGGGGUAUUAUCUUACAAUUUAAUUAAUAUAUGAGAAAAUAGUAA